AUGCUGCCCAGCAGAGAUUUAUCGAAUUUCUUGGCUGAGUCUUAUUUUGUUAAUACCAAUGCUCUGAUAGAACUGUUUGAUCGAGCAACUUUUUAUCAAUAUUUAGACGCAUGUUAUUCGACCUCGUUAGAGGCUAAUUCGUCGACACUAUGUUUGGUUUAUUUGACUUUGGCAAUUGGUUUUGUUGUUGCAACGCCGGCCCCGAACAGCCCUGAGGAGCUGAUGAUGAAGAGUUUCCCAGAAAGGCCCGAAGACCGAGCAGAAGCCCUUUUCCGGGCUGCCAAGUGUCUAAGUGAUCCUCUUAACGUGGCUGAACAUGCAGAUUUAUGGAUGAUUCAAGCCUGGACGUUGAUGGCUUUUUACACGUUGAUUGUAUCGAAGCGCAACGCGGCAUACGCAUAUUGCGGAAUGGCCGUUCGCUCUGCGUAUUCCCUGGGUUUGCAUCGCAUCAAGGACACAAUGAUAGAGUUUAACAAUGAAACCGCAAGGCGGAACCUCUGGAGAAGCCUGUUUGUUCUGGACAGGUUUCUUGCUACGGUUCUCGGGCGUCCUGCUGCUAUAUGCGAAGAAGACUGCUCGAGUGAUGCAUUGGAUUUGCCGGCAGAUCUGUCGCUUGAUGCAUCCCAGCAAGAAGAAGUUAUUAGGACUGUUAACCUUGACGCGUCUGUGCGAAUCUCCAAGUCAAUCGGCACAGUGCUAAAGAAGGUGUAUUCGGAACGAAAGGUUUCAACCAAGUUAGCUCAGGAGAUUGUCGAUGACUGCCAGCUGUGGGCUUUUCAUGGCCAUCCGUCCUUGGCAGCGCACGAUCUCCUUCACGGCAAGGUACCGUUGGAAAUGGGGAUCCCCAUCUUACAUGUCCAGUUGCUUCAUUACCAUUCCAUCCUGCUCCUAAGCAGGCCAUUUUUCAUUGAUCUUUUAGUGAAGACGCGGCCAGCGACCUCUAAUGAUAUGGAGCCUUUCCAUCGAACUUUUACGAGAUCGGAGAAGUUUUCUCAAGCUUGCGUGGCGGCGUCGACUCAUUCAGUGACGCUCAUUCAAGCGGCAUUUGAAGCAAAGUAUUUGCCCCGACGCAACCCGUUUAUCUUAUAUUUCCUUUUUGCGGCAGCCCUGAUUAUCUUGAGUAAUGAGUUUGCUGGUUUAUACCCGAACGAGCAUUACGCCGAGUAUAUGAGGAGCGCGAUCAAUAUUAUGGACUACUGCGCUGUCGAAGACGUUCAGGCUCGGCGAAUGCUUUACACUUUGAAGUCAUUCAUGGCAGACGUGGAG